CAGCAAUUUUGCCGCGGAGAGGUUUGACUGGCGGAUGAAGGUGGGGGGUUAGGGCGGAGAUUCGGAUUUCUGUUUGUCCGCGUUUCGGGGUUGCGAGCUUGUGUAAGAAACGCAUGUGACGCCGUACUCCGACGAUGAAGGAGAGGAGCUCUCUAUGCGAUAGUGCAGCAGAUGGAAAUUGGGUUUCCAAAUACAAAAGAAAGCGAAGCAAGUUAACAGCAGCUAGCUCAUCAAAUGAGCAUGAGGUUGCAUCACCAACGCCGGACUCUCUUAUGAACAAUGGUUCCAUAAAGAAGAGGUCCAAGCAUGACGCUGGCAUUUCUACGUCGACCAAGAAGAUACGAGGGCAUGAUGGGUAUUUCUACGAGUGUGUAGAAUGUGACCUUGGUGGCAAUUUGCUGUGUUGCGAUAGCUGUCCACGAACAUACCACUUGGAAUGUCUUAAUCCUCCUCUUAAGCGUGCACCACCUGGGAAUUGGCAAUGUCCAACAUGUCGUACAGAACAAGUUAGCUUGAAGUUGUUAGUCAAUGCAGAUGCUGACACUUCCAAACGUGAAAGAACUAGAAGAAUGCGUGGAAACACCACAUCAGAUAGCCCAUCUCCCCAUAACAAAGGAUCUGUCAAAACCCAGAGUCCCAUACAAGAGAGAAAUGAUAGCAAAGUAUCUGUCAAAAUCCGGAGUCCCAUACAAGAGAGAAAUGAAUCAACCGAACAAGGAAAACUGUCAUGUGGUGGCACAUUGAAGGAGGGUGACCCAAGUGUGAAGAAUGAAGUUCAGAAAAAGAAGCCAUUGAUAGUACAUCUGAAAAGGCGUCCAACCAAGGAAUUAUCUGCAAUUACGAAGCCCUUGAAGUCAGAAAUCCUUGGUAAGCCGCCAGAAGAGAACCAGGAAAAACAUGGAGGUGCUUUGAAAAUAAAGAAAAAUCUGCGCUCCAUGGACUUGUCUCCAAAGAAAUAUAAAAGCAAGAGGCAACAUAGUCACAGAGACUGUAAGCGAUCUGAAACAAAAGGGCUCAGGUAUUUGGCAACGGAUGUUGACAGUGAUUCAUCAAUGGGACCAUCUACAUCUCCUGACCACAGCGAAUCACCACCAAAAAGAAAAUCUUCAGAUGGUAGAACACCUACAUCUAGUGCCAAGAAAGGAAAAAAGAAAGUGAAAUUUGUUGAUAAAAAACAUUCAGAGGUGCUAGGUGUGGCAGGGGACAAAAUAAUGACACCUCAGGAGGAUCUGCAGGUUCAGCCUGGGAAACAAGUUGACCGCAUCUUAGGCUGUCGGCUUCAAACCAGCCAAAUCAUUUCACAGCCCCAUGCUUCAUCAGAGCAGAUUGAAUCAACUGAUUUGCAGCCAGAAGAUGCAGCUCCUUCUAGUGCUUCCAGUGUACUAGCGCGGUCUUUAAGCAACGAUACUGAUAACACACUGGAGGAUGUAAUCGCUGAUGAAUCAGUAAAUCCUGCCUCCGAAAAUCAUUUAGAUGGUGUUGAAGCGCAAAAGGAGAGUAAUGGUAAAUCACAUGAAAAUAAUGAGUCAGUGAACCCAGACGAUGCCAUGAAGACAGUGUCAGAUUGUUCCACUGAUCAAAUCAUCACAGCAAAGGAUUCUGGAGUAGCAGGAGAAAACAUAGCUUCAGAAAAUGGUGAUUUUGAGGCGAUAUCUAUUGUUCCAGCUGAAGGAACAUCAGAAAAGGGCGACAUCAAACUUCUAGUUUCCAAAGAGGAUGCAAUAGUACUGACGAAACAAGAGGAUACACCUGAAAGUAAAGUACAUGUAAGCAUAAAAGGAACUGCAGGGAAUGGCCAUGAUGAUACUGCAUAUGAAUUUUUGGUCAAAUGGGUUGGAAAAUCAAACAUCCAUAACAGCUGGAUUUCUGAAUCUGAACUAAGAACACUAGCAAAACGGAAACUAGAGAAUUACAAAGCAAAGUAUGGAAUGGCUUUGAUAAACAUUUGCAAGGACCAGUGGUGCCAACCACAACGAGUUAUUGCUAUGCGUGUUUCCUUAGAUGAAGUAGAAGAGGCUUUAAUCAAAUGGUGUGGCCUACCUUAUGAUGAAUGCACUUGGGAAAGAUUAGAUGAACCUAUCAUGCUCAAGUAUGUCCAUUUGGUUACUCAUUUCAAGAAAUUUGAAUGCCAGGCUUUGGAAAAGGACAUGAGAGGUAACUCUGCAAACGCAAGAAACAGACAAGAGUUGAGCGUGUUGGUUGAGCAGCCAAAAGAGCUUAAGGGAGGCUUGCUCUUCCCUCAUCAACUGGAAGCAUUGAACUGGCUGCGUAAAUGUUGGUACAAGUCGAAAAAUGUUAUCCUUGCUGAUGAGAUGGGUCUUGGGAAGACAGUGUCUGCUUGUGCUUUUUUGUCGUCCCUGUGCUGUGAAUUUAAGAUUAACUUGCCUUGUCUUGUCUUGGUCCCUCUUUCUACCAUGCCUAAUUGGAUGGCUGAAUUUGCAUCUUGGGCCCCUCAUUUAAAUGUUGUGGAGUACCAUGGUUCUGCAAGGGCAAGAUCUACAAUUCGUCAAUAUGAGUGGUAUGAGGGCGAUGCAACCCAGAUAGGUAAAAGCAAGAAAUCUCACAAGUUCAAUGUCUUGCUCACCACUUACGAAAUGGUGCUUGUUGAUGCUACAUAUCUUCGUUCUGUGUCAUGGGAAGUUCUUAUAGUUGAUGAGGGGCAUCGGUUGAAGAAUUCUAGCAGCAAACUCUUCAGUUUGCUGAAUACAUUAUCAUUUCAGCACAGGGUUUUGUUGACUGGAACCCCAUUACAGAACAACAUCGGAGAGAUGUAUAAUUUAUUGAACUUUCUACAGCCUGAUUCUUUCCCUUCUCUAGCAUCAUUUGAGGAGAAGUUUAAUGACCUUGCAACAGCAGAGAAAGUGGAGGAGCUGAAGAAACUGGUAGCUCCACAUAUGCUUCGAAGGCUGAAAAAGGAUGCAAUGAAAAAUAUCCCCCCGAAGACGGAGAGAAUGGUGCCUGUUGAAUUGACAUCAAUCCAGGCUGAAUACUACCGUGCUAUGCUUACAAAGAACUACCAAGUACUGCGCAGUACUGGAAAAGGUGGUGCUCAUCAGUCAUUACUCAACAUAGUAAUGCAGCUUCGGAAAGUUUGCAACCAUCCCUAUCUUAUUGCUGGAACUGAACCUGAAUCAGGUUCACCAGAGUUUUUGCAUGAAAUGAGAAUAAAGGCAUCAGCAAAGCUAGCUCUGUUGCAUUCUAUGCUCAAAAUGUUACGCAGGGAUGGCCACCGUGUUCUUAUUUUUUCCCAGAUGACAAAACUUCUUGACAUCCUCGAAGAUUACAUGACUCUGGAAUUUGGUCCUAAAACAUUUGAAAGAGUAGAUGGUUCGGUAUCUGUGGCAGAACGCCAGGCAGCGAUUACUCGUUUCAAUCAGGACAAGACUCGUUUUGUUUUUUUGCUAUCUACUCGGUCAUGUGGUCUUGGGAUCAAUUUGGCAACUGCAGAUACUGUAAUCAUAUACGAUUCUGAUUUCAAUCCACAUGCUGAUAUACAGGCAAUGAAUAGGGCACACAGAAUUGGACAGUCAAACAGACUUUUAGUUUACAGGCUUGUAGUGCGCGCUAGUGUUGAGGAGCGUAUCUUGCAACUUGCCAAGAAGAAACUGAUGCUUGAUCAACUUUUUGUAAACAAAUCAGAAUCACAGAAGGAAGUGGAAGAUAUCAUUCGCUGGGGAACUGAGGAGCUCUUUAGGAAUGGCAAUGAGGUGAAUACUAAAGAUAAUGAGGACGUAUCUGGUGCUAAACACGAUGUAUCAGAUGUGGAGGUUAAGCAUAGGAGGAGAACGGGUGGCCUAGGUGAUGUUUAUGAGGAUAAAUGUAUUGGCAGUUCUACUAACCUUAUUUGGGAUGAAAAUGCCAUCAUGAAGCUUCUUGAUAGAUCUAACCUUCCAACAACAGUAGCUGAAAGCACUGAUGGUGACUUGGACAACGAUAUGCUUGGCACUGUAAAGUCAAUCGAUUGGAAUGAUGAUGUGAAUGAUGAUCCUGGUGCUACCGAGGACAUUCCAAAUAGUGAUAACGAUGGCUGUGAACAGGCAUCUGAAACAAAACAGGAUGCAUCUAAUCCUGUGGAAGAAAACGAAUGGGACAAACUUUUACGCCUCAGGUGGGAGCAGUAUCAGAUUGAGGAGGAGGCAUCUCUUGGUCGAGGCAAGCGUUUAAGGAAAGCUGUUUCCUACAGGGAAACCUUCGCAGCAAUUGCUAAUGAAGCAUUAAGUGAGGUCUCUGAUGACGGGGAUGAACCCAAGCGAGAAUACACUGCAGCUGGACUGGUUUUGAAGGAAAAAUAUGGAAAGCUCCGAGCUAGACAGAAGGAAAGGAUUGCUCAACGGCAUGUAAUCAAGAACUAUGCGGAUGAUAAACUUGAAGAUUUCAUAAAAUUAUAUGACUCCAGCGUUGAUGAAUAUGGUGUAAACCCUUUGAGAAUUGUAGAAGAUCCUGACUCCGCGCAGCCAUCCGGGGCUAAACGUUUCAGUGAUUCGACUGCAGAAAUGAGGCAUUCCUCGAAGAAAGCAAAGAGAUACCCUGAAAUUUCUCGAGAACUUCAUGCCAAACUUGCUGCAAAUGCUAAUUCGUCAAAGCACCCCUCAAAGGCAACUGAUGUCUUAAAUCCAGCGAUUCCACAUCACCUCUUACCAGUGCUUGGCCUUUGUGCUCCAAAUGCUGAUCAGAUAAACUCGUACAAGAAUUCAAAUUGUGGGCCAAGCAUGAAGGAGCAAAAAAGAGCUAGUGGCGAAGUAGCCAACAAACCACUGUCACCUUCUGCGGCUGACCAUUCCAGCGAACAUAAAAAUGAUGGCCAAUCAGGUCCUAGCAAGACUACGUAUCCUGGUUCAUCCGAGACUUUGCGAAGGCUGAAUAACAUCAUUCCAGAUAGCUACUUCCCGUUCCAUCCUAUUCCUCCUAUAUCUGGGAAGGCGCUUUUUGAUCCCAUUGAAAACCCUUUACCAUCUAUUGCUUCAUUCCAAGGGAAUAUGGGUCUUCCGAACUUUGGUGUGGAAGAUAAUAUUCCACUUAAGCAUAUGAAGUCAGUACCAGAUCUAUUUCCCAACUUCUCACUGGGCACUAGUGAUGAGUAUGCUCGUAGUUCUAUCCCAGAAUUGCCAAACAGUUCAUUUUUACCGAGCUUCAUGGCAGAUAUUGCUGGAACUUCAAAAAAGUCAAGGUCAAAAUUAAUGGCAGAUAUGUCUGCCCUUCUUCCAGGGUUAGGUAUUAACCCAGGUCAACCAAUCCAUUCAGCAAUGCCUGAAAAUCACAAGAAGGUAUUGGACAAUAUAAUGAUGCGUGCUCAGUAUGCCACAAAUAAAUUCAUGAAAAAGAGGUCAAAACCUGAUUAUUGGUCUGAAGAUGAACUUGAUGCUUUGUGGAUUGGAGUUCGUAGGCACGGAAGGGGUAACUGGGAUGCCAUGCUUAGGGAUCCAAAGUUGAAAUUCUUGAGCCACCGUACUAGUGAAGAGCUGGCCAUGAGAUGGAUUUUGGAGGAGCAGAAAAUUAUGGAGGAACCAAUGCCUACUGCCACAAAAAAUCCAAACUCUACAUUUCCUGGUUUAUCUGAUGCAAUGAUGUCUCGAGCACUGAAUGGAAGUAACUUAUCUCAACAUAAGAUGGAGCCGCCAAAAUUACAUUCCCACCUAACUGAUAUUCAACUAGGUUGCAGUGAUUUACCGCCUAGAUUUCCUCAUGUUGAGCCUUCGAAUUACAUGAGUUCAGUUGAGGGUGGUCCAUCACUGACACCUUGGAAGAAUUUCAAGCAUAAACCAGGUUAUGGCGGGGAUUUUCCAGGAAGUACAUCUGACAAGUGGGAGAAAGCCGAUGCUGUCCCACCCUAUAUGCCAAAUCCUUUUAUGAUGGAAAGCGUUGGUUCUCUACCCAUGAACAUACAAAACAGUAGUUCCAUCCAGCAGAAUGAAUUUGCAUCAAGUGCUCAUGAGAACAUUCUUCUUCAUGGUGUUUCAAAUGGGCAGGCUGAUUUGUUUCGUGAGAUGCAGCGACGUGUGAAGUUAGGUAAGCAGCCCAUUGGGAUGAAUCCCUAUCACACAAAGCACUCGAACCCUCUACUAGAAAGUGCUGGUGUAUUUGGAAGUUCAAAAUCAAACAAGCUACCUCAUUGGCUUCAGGAGGCUGUGCGUGCUCCUCCAUCUAAGCCACUUGAAUAUGAGCUACCAGCGACUGUUUCAGCUAUUGCACAGUCUGUGUGCCUACUUCUUGGUGAAGAAAAAACAGCAAUACCUCCAUUCCCUUUCCCAGGACCUCGGCUUUCCCGCCCAAAGGACCCUAGAAAUACUCCAAAGAAGAGGCGAGUACAUAAGGUUCAGCAAGCUUCCAGCCAGGCAGAGCAUCCCAAAAUUGGAUCUGGGCAAGGUGAUCAUGUAUCAACUCCAGCGCUACAAUUAAUGGAAGCUCUGCCUACGUCUACUGCAAUUGAUCACAAUAAUGGUGCCCCUCCAAUCAAUUUAAACUCCCUGUCAUCAUCUUCCGUGUGCAGUCAGAGGCAAGAUGCAACACCUGCUUUGGAAGUUUCAGAAGCUACUGCUGCUGCUUGUACUUCCAGGUCAGAGACUCCUGAAACUGGUUGCCAGAAAGCUGAAUUCUCCGGGGUAGAUGACAUUGCUACUGAUCCCGGUGCUCCAGGGAGCAAAUUGUCGGGAUCAGGUAAUCCACCUACAGAAUUCUCUAUGCUGCCAGUGGUUGAUGCAGCUGUUAUAAGUACCGCACCGUUUGUAGGCCCUAUAUCCAGUGGUGAUGAUCAAGAGCCCGAACAAGACAGUCUGUUAGGCAUCGACAGAGGGAUUGACAACACAGAGAAGCUAUUGGAGAAAGCUAUGCCUCUUGACGAGAGCAGGGAUUCCGGUGCAUCACAUUCAGAUUCAGCCCACGUAGUUGAUGAAGAUAAAGUCAACGACAUUGUUGCAGAUGAUAUGCGAUGAGCUCAAAAAAUCUUUUUCGUCUGCUUAGCGCUGGGAUUUUUCCUUUCCCAGUGUUUCCAGUGUGAUGGUGAGCUGUAUUUGUACGCUUAGUUUAGAUGGAGUAAACUCCAGGGACUCGGUAGUUUAGCACUAGUCUGGUCGGAGCAACUCCCUAAAGCCUCUCUACAUACGUAAAAUGUAUAUUUGCUAGCCUCGUGUGGAAUGUGGACAAUUAUAUUCAUUUAUUUAUGUGUGUAUGGUUAAGAUA